AGUAGAAGGUCUUUAUUUUUAUCCAAUAUGUGAAAAGAUUUAAUUCUUUUCCCCAACAAUACUUAAAUCUGACUGUUUUGGAUAUAGCAUAGGAGAAUGCCACUGCCUGCUUCCCCGCAGUCUGCCAGCCAUCUUUUGAAGGUGUCAUCGCUUGUUGUGGAGCAGUGACUAAAUGUCACCUGAUCCCGUUGACAGCUGUUGCUUUGCCCCCGCACCCUUUACGGAGACAAAAAUGGCAGCUGGGAUUCCACUGGGGUCAUGUGACCUACUAAGAAUAGCCUUGUAGGCUCAGGAUAGGGAAUGAUAUCAGAAAGAAGUCAAGAUCUGGACAGGCAAAGUAGAAAAAGAGAAGCAAGCUUGGUGGACGGAGGGAAAUUCCUGAAGUGGAAAUAAAACAGGAAGAGGCCAAGGUGUAAAAGCCAGGAAGGAGAGAGGCUAGUACUGCCAAGGCAGGGGAGCUGGAGCAGGCAGGCAGAAUAAGGCAGAGAGAGCAGAGAUUGACAAGGCAGGCGUUGAGAUUUAGGGAAAGCGGAGGGGGUCAUCCAUCCAGCCCAUUGGAGUGUGCUGUGGGCAAGAAUCAGUGUUGCGGGGAUGAACUUUGCCGUGGGCUUCAAGCCGAUGCUGGGGACUUCACAGAGCAUGGAUAACCUGGAGAAGCAGCUUAUCUGCCCCAUCUGUUUGGAGAUGUUCACCAAGCCAGUGGUCAUCCUGCCCUGCCAACACAAUCUCUGUCGUAAGUGUGCCAACGACAUCUUUCAGGCCUCCAACCCACUGUGGCAAUCCCGUGGAUCUACAUCAGUGUCCUCAGGAGGCCGAUUCCGGUGCCCAUCCUGUCGGCAUGAAGUGGUGCUGGACCGGCAUGGAGUUUAUGGCCUGCAACGCAAUCUUUUGGUGGAAAACAUAAUUGAUAUCUACAAGCAAGAAUCCUCUCGGCCUCUCCAUGCCAAGGCAGAGCAGCAGCUGAUGUGUGAAGAACAUGAAGAGGAAAAGAUCAACAUAUACUGCUUGACCUGUGAGGUUCCAACCUGCUCUAUGUGCAAAGUCUUUGGAGCCCACAAAGACUGUGAAGUGGCUCCUCUGACCAACAUUUAUAAGCGCCAAAAGGGGGAGCUGAGUGAUGGCAUUGCCAUGUUAGUGGCAGGGAAUGACCGUAUCCAAGCCAUCAUCACCCAGAUGGAAGAGAUCUGUAAAACUAUUGAGGAUAAUGCUCGGCGACAGAAGCAGCACCUUUGUCUGCGCUUUGACUCUUUGUACAGCAUCCUGGAGGAACGCAAAAAAGAGCUGUUGCAAGAAAUUGGACGAGAGCAAGAGGAAAAAGUCCAAAGGGUGCGGGGGCUCAUCCGGCAAUAUGGAGACCACCUUGAGGUCUCCUCUAAGCUGGUUGAGUCAGCCAUCCAAUCCAUGGAGGAACCCCAGAUGGCCCUCUAUCUGCAGCAGUCAAAGGAGCUGAUCAAAAAGAUCACAGACAUGUCCAAGGCAUCCAUGAGUAGCCGGCCUGAGUCUGGCUAUGAAAACAUGGACCAUUUCUCUAUCAAUGUAGAUCACGUUGCUGAAAUGCUGAGAACUAUUGAAUUUCAGACAGAUAUUUCUGGAGAAGAAACUGAGUCUGAAGGAAUUAUCGCAGAAGGAAGUGUUGAAGCUGGAGAGGAAGACCAUCCAGAAGGAUCAGAGGGGCCUGAAGGAGCAGAAGAUGGAGAGAACCUGUCUCGAUUCAGACCAAAGCCACCUAAUAUACCACCUCGGGGACAACACUGAAAAGUCACUUUGAAGACGGAAGCAGUUGGAGAAUGUUCCGGUCAGCCCCAUCCCAUGCUUCUUCCUCCACUCCAGCAGACGUUUUUCUUGCUUCCUACUAAAUUUUCUUUCUCUGUGCAUCUUUUUCUUGCUUCCUUCUAUGCUCUUUUUCUCCCCAUACCAUUUGGCUUUUUAAUAUAUGGAGAUAAUAAAGUUGUGAGUUAUUUUUGCUAACAGCAAUUCUGGCAAGGUUCGUUGGGUGAGAGAGAUUCU